AUGCCGGCUUUCUGUCAUAAUUGUCAAAGCUCUGAACACUGUCGGGCUGAUUGUCCUGACUACAAGGAGUGGGUUCGCUGCCACCAUUGCAAUGAAACUGGACAUGUGGUGAAGAACUGCAGUCGCAAUGACAGCCCAAACAAGGUCCGUGCGGUGGAAAACACUCCUGCCAAACCCCGAAAGGGCUCUCAGGUGGCCAAAGAGGGUAAAAAGGGUACUCAAGGUGGCUCCAAAGUAACUCCUGGUGGUGCUCCAGUUGGAAACAAAGGUAAUGCCCAAGGAAAAGGCCAGGAUGUUGCAUCUGGUGGACCCCAGGGUGGUUCCAAUAAUCGAACUGCUGCUACCCAGCAAGGUAGCUCUCAAGGUGACGAUGACAGUCAAACAGGUGCUAGAAAGCAGGCAGUUGAUAGAGAUGUUCAAAUGGAUGAUCUUCCAGAACUCCAAGUUAAAGAAGUCGAUGGGAAAGAAGCUUCCAAUGAUAUUGUUAUGUACGACUCUUCUAUCCAUUCUGCUAAUGAAAGAGAGGAGCGCCCUGAAUGCCCUGCGAAGAAGAUCGGUAAAUUUAAUGGCGCGGAUGAUAUUAGCUCUGCCAAACAACAAGCUGCAUCUAAUGAAGUAGAGACUGGACACCAACUCGGCUUAACAGGCCCUCCUUCACCUCCCCAACAUUAA